CAGCGGCGUGCUCUUUUCCUCAAGUUCCUGGUAUCCCAGCCGGUGAGCCAAGCCGGCUCUUCGCGGUCUUCCUGCUUCAGCCGUCGUCUCUGCUAGGUCGCUCUCCGCCCUGCAGCUCGAGGCCACCGCUCGUGCGCGCACUCCCCCGCACGCGACGAACUCAUGGCGGAGCGCGGGGAACUCGAUCUGACCGGCGCCAAACAGAACACUGGCGUGUGGCUGGUGAAGGUUCCUAAAUAUUUGUCCCAGCAGUGGGUCAAAGCCCUUCCUGGAAUAGGUGAAGUUGGGAAACUGAGGAUUGCCAAGAAUCAAGGAAGGACUGAGGUAUCAUUUACUUUGAAUGAGGAUCUUGCAAAUAUUCAUGAUAUUGGUGGAAAACCAGCUUCAGUCAGUGCUCCUAGAGAGCAUCCAUUUGUCUUGCAAAGUGUUGGAGGACAGACAUUAACAGUGUUUACUGAGAGCUCCUCAGAUAAACUGUCAUUGGAAGGAAUAGUGGUACAGAGAGCAGAAUGCCGACCUGCUGCCAGUGAAAACUACAUGAGAUUAAAGAGAUUGCAAAUAGAAGAGUCCUCCAAACCUGUAAGACUAUCCCAACAGCUGGACAAAGUCGUAACUACCAAUUACAAGCCCGUCGCUAACCAUCAGUACAAUAGGGAGAGGGAGAGGGAGAAAAAAGAAGAUGGAAAGCGGGCCCGGGCGGACAAACAACACGUCCUAGACAUGCUGUUUUCAGCCUUCGAGAAACAUCAAUACUAUAAUCUUAAGGAUUUAGUGGACAUCACAAAGCAGCCUGUGGGAUACCUGAAAGAAAUACUAAAAGAAAUCGGCAUUCAGAAUGUAAAAGGGAUUCACAAGAAUACAUGGGAACUGAAGCCAGAAUACAGGCAUUACCAAGCAGAAGAGAAGAGUGACUGAGGAGCUGGCACAGUUAAGGUUGCCAUAGGCCAGCGGCUCACAUCGCAUGCUGGCACCCUGCAGCGACAACAUGGAGACCACAGUCCUGCAGCUCCUCUCAAUAAACUGUUAAAGCUGGGA